AGUCCACCCGCGGCCCAUUCCACGAUGAAGGGGAACGCCGACAAGGCUACUAAAACCGCACAUGCUCCGUCGGUAACCGGCACAAACGACGUUCCGUCGUCUAAAGGAGCUGUGCUGUCCAAGCGAUCGCACGGCCCCCUGUGUCUGAGCUACGUUAAUGGUCGUUGCAAACUAUCUCCUUGCCCUCGGCGGCAUCCCAAGAAUCUGCGUCCAUGUCGUAAUUUUGCGAAUGGUACCUGCAAAAAUCAGAGAUGUGCCCGGCCGCACAUUCUGCCAACCGCCAACCAGGCAGAGGCGUCCCGCCAUGACGAUGGUACGGACACGGACACAGACACAGACGCUGCUUCGAUCAUAGCAGCUGUGUCUGACGCUGACGAGGAUGUUGCCUCCGAGACUUCUACAGUGUCUUCCUAUCACGAGCAGGAGGAGCCUAACUCCUCUACCCCUCGCCUUCAAAAGAGUGACGAGAUUUGCCAAAAAUUCCUAAGAGAUCGAUGCAAAUGGGGCAGAAAAUGUCAUCGACAGCAUGUUCAGGAACAAGCACAUAAAGCUGCACCCUCAUUGUCGACUGAGGGUCUUGGUAGCAAGCCGCCGGACCGACCACCUGGUGUGAAAUUCAAUCCAAGUCUCCCAUCAGUUGAAUCAAAGGUUAGCAAACCGGUCGUUCCUACUUCGAAGCCGGCUGCGACAACCGCGCCCGACGCCGGGCAGACGCUGGUCGAGGAGUGCCGCCAAUACCUCAGAGGCCGAUGCACAUGGGGGAAUAAUUGUCGGUUUGUGCACCCACCCAAGGCCGCUGCAGAACCUAAAGUUUCGGUCCAUGACUUCGUGACGGGCACUUCCGUGUCUGCAUCUACCACUGCCGCCUCCGAAUGUGCAAGCGCUACAGCAGCCGAACCUGCGGAUGCCGAUGAGCCAAAGCUUCCGUGUUAUAUGUACAUGACGAGGAACAUGAAGUGCAUUUAUGGUCGCGAAUGCCGUAGACUGCACCCUCCGUUGCACGAAUGGAAGAAGUACCUAGGCGCUUCUGAUGAGGUCUGUGAAAAGUUUUUGGAGGGAGCAUGCUGGCUAGGGGAGCAUUGCUGGAGGCAGCACCCCGGAGAGGAACCUGUCGCUGAACAGGAGAAGACACCUCUCCCGACUCAACCUUCACCUGAAGGAAUAGGCACUAGACGACAGCGUAAGCCCCCCGCGCUGCCGCAACUCGUGAUCCCUCCGGAAAACGCUGUCCCCGAGCGUGGCUUCUCUACCGGUUCAACCUCUCCAGAGACGUCACCGCUAUUGACGGAUGACGCCUCAAACCCCGUCACCCACCCAGUCUGCAGAAAUUUCCAGAGGGGCCGCUGCAUUCGCCAAAAUUGUAGGUUUGUUCAUCCGCGCAAGGCAUCUGAACCAGCGCGUGUACAGACGUUGGCGGCUGCGUCUUCGUGGUCAUCGCUCGAUACCGACUCUGGACAUACUCGUAAGGAUCCCGUAUCAGAUCAGCGAAGCAUAGAAGCUAAACUGAACCGGCUUCUGAACACCUUGCAAGGACCAGCUAGCCAGCCAGCCGGAAGUCAAAAGCAGCCGGUCCCGACGCUUGUUCCAGCCCGGGAGUCUACUUUUACCAUACAGCCAAUGAAGCCAGUACCUAUAUUUCCACCUGGCCUUGGUAUAGAGCAGCGAUUUGCACCUGGCAAUGCACGGCCAUCGAAACCUCCGCCAGAAAUCAUGUCCAUCAACGUCCUUGAUGCUGUUCACGUCGCAUUUGGACCAGGCUUACAAGUACAGCAUGUCAAGACCGGUUUCGAGUCACGCGUCGUCCUCAUCAAGGGCGUGCCCUCCAACAAGACUGCUGGCGAUUUAACGCAUGCGUUAAGACGAUUUGGGGAAGUCUCAGAAGUACACCUACCAGACGUAUGCGACGCUCCUACCAUGACAGUGAGGGCGACAUACCCAACGUAUGACGAGGCCGUCAAAGCCGCCGCCGGCCUGAACAACCAGCCCUUAUUUGGCGUCGAACUUCACGUUCAGCUCGCCUCCCAGCACUCCACUUCUCUCGGCAAAGGGUCAGUGCAAGAUGGCGAUGUACAUCUCGAGUUUGCUGCGCCUUGCCGAAUUGCCUACCUCGGCUACACCUCUCUAGACGCUGCGGAACAGGCGAUCACUAAGAUCAAAGCGACCGAGAUGGGCGACUGCGAGCUCCAAGCUGUCUUACACCGAGGUGUCCCUAGUGUCGGGGCUUUCACUGUCAGAGUCCUGGGGCUUCCCCCGGAUACCAAGGAGUCUAAUCUUGCGCAGUUCUCCCCAGUCGGACGACCUAUGAUUGAUCGUCCAAACUACAUGUUACUAAACGAUGCCCUUCAUGAGCUGUUCCGUACUGCCAGACAGCACGGUGAGCUCCUCAAGAUCACUGUACUUGCACCGCCUUUCUCAAGGCAGCGUGUACUGGCUUGGGCGCAUUACGCAUCACCGGCCGCAGCCGCAAGAGCUACCAAAGCGCUUAAUAAUCGCCGAUUCAAGUUCUUAGGCGACGAGGUGCUAUUGGCUACUCAUACACGAACGAUCAACUACACCCUUCCCCGGGAUGUCUUCAAAGCCCUCCUAUACGAUCUAGUGGCACUCCGCAACCGUCUCAGAGCUGGUCGAGAGAGUUGCAGUAUCUCUUGGUUUGACAAACGCGGGCCGUCCAAGGAUGCGCCCCCUGUCGGUGUCAAGCUCGCCGCCGAUGAGCUUCCGGUCCUCACGAAAAUCAAGGCGUCGUUCGAAACUCUCCUCAGAGGCGAUCGGGUCACAGCUGACAAGCACAGCGUGUGGGACCCAUUCUUCUCUUCACGAGCUGGGGCGCUGUAUCUUGAGCAGCUUCAGCAGGCGCAUCACGGGCUGCUUAUCACUCGCGACCCGCGCAAGUGCUCCAUCGCACUCUUCGGGCCCCCCGCCGCGCGACAUGCUGUACGCUCUACGAUCCUGCGAAAGGUGCAAAAUCUACGAACACAGAUGUUCCACAGUUUCCCUCUCGAUGGGAAGCUGAUCGGACUCUUCGUUAGCGCUGACCUCAUGAAAUUACAGCAGGAACUUGGGCGCGAGAAUAUUGUUUUGGACUUUGCUACACGGAGCCUGAAGAUUCGGGGCAACGACGAUGCUCUGCGAGUGACUCGGCUUAUCCUGCGGCAUGUGCAGGAGCGGCACAACCUCCAUCGCAGUCACCGUGGAAACAGCUGUCCCGUCUGCCUGGACGACGUCAGCUUGCCAGUAACGCUUCCUUGCGGGCACUCUUGGUGCAAGAGUUGUCUUGAAGGCUACUUACUCGCAACCGUCGAUACGCGCGUAUUUCCUGUGACUUGUCUGGGAGACGAGGGUCGCUGCGGCUCGCUCGUUCCCAUGCAUGUUGUAAAGGAAAUUCUUCCCGCAGCAAAAUUUUUCGACGUUGUUCGCGCGUCUUUCCUUACCUACAUCCACUCCAGACCAGAAGAGUUCUUCUAUUGCCCGACACCCGACUGUCCACAAGUCUACCGCCCGGCGCCUGCCGACACCGUUUUGCAGUGCCCGUCCUGCCUCAUCCGUAUCUGCGGCAAGUGCCACGUCGAGAGUCACGAUGGCACGACGUGUGCGCGGCGCGAGGCAGAUGACCGACGUCUCUUCCAGCAGUGGUCGAGCACCCGCGACGUCAAGAACUGCCCGGGAUGCAAGAUUCCCAUCGAGCGCAUCUCGGGCUGCAACCACAUCACAUGCACACACUGCAAAGCGCACAUUUGCUGGGUGUGUCUGUCGACGUUCAAGGAGAGUGGACAGGUGUACGAACACAUGCACAAUGCACAUGGUGGUAUCGGACUGGAAUACUGGUUUUGAUUGCUUGGGCUCUGCGACUUCUUUGAUCACCUUUUGUUCUUGUCCCUUACAUGCCAUUUCGAUGUACUCCUUGCUCUUAUUUAUUCCUCU